GCACUUCAGUUCAACUUCCAAGUCCUCAACAGAGGGCAGGGCGUCUGCUCGGCCGGCCAGCAAGCUCGAAAGUCCUUCCUUCAGCUGAACAGAUGGUGGAUCACCAGCCUCGCCCCUUGUAUCAGAUUUCCCCAGCUCAAGCAACCAAACGCACCACUACAAAUCUAUUUUUAGCGCUCUCAGGAUAAGCGUGUAUACUGCAGGUUUACAGCGUGGUGUGAUUGCUUGAACCUUGCCUGAGCACAAUAUCCAUGCAACACACAUAAACAGACUCAGCGAUGAGGUGGUGGUCAGAGCGAUGGAUGGAUUUGCAAGUGAACGGGACUCUCCUGCCUUACAAGCUCUACUAUCUGGCGCUGUUCAGUGGCCUGGCUUGCAUGAGCCCCUUCCUGCCAGUGUUCUUCCGGCUGCGGGGUCUGACAGAGUCUCAGAUCGGAUUCCUGGGCUUCCUCCAGCCAGUCAUGGGCAUCCCGACAGUCCCCCUCUGGAGCGCUCUGGCCGACCAACUGGGCCUUCAAAAGGCCAUCCUACUUGGGACCACCCUAGGCUCCGCCCUUCUCCGUUUCCUCUACAUCUACCCCCCGUCCUUUGCAAUAAUGAUCCCUCUCGUGGCGAUAGCGAACGCUCUGGGGGGUGCGCCGAACGUCCUAGCCGAUGCAUUUACGAUGGAGGCUUUGGAAGACAAGACGGAGUACGGCAAGCAGCGGCUGUGGGGGGCAGUUGGCUGGGGCCUGGCGGCUCCCCUUUGCGGUGCCGUUGUGACGGCCACUAGGAUCGAACUUGCGUUUUGCCUCCAUCUUGUUUUCAUGACACUCGCCGCGGUUGUCGCAACCCAGUUCCGCUUCAAAGGCACGCACACCGACUCCAAAACGUACAGCCAAUUAGGCGAAGAAAUCUUGCUCGAAAACGGCGAAACUGACUUAGAACGACACGUCGAGAUACUGACACCAGACAGCCCAGGCAUCGGAACAAUUGGCUCCCCCAGUACGCCCCGAAAGCGGUUCCGUCCGGGAAGCCAGAGUCCGUCCGCCGGAAGCAUCUUCCGUUCCGAGCCGCCACUCCUGCGGACCAUCUCCGGACAGAACCCGGCCCUCGUCAGCUUCGAAGCAACUAGGGAUGGGCUCGAGUCCGACGACUCGGAAGCGCUCCUUGCGACCAAACAACCAGAGCCGUUCGAUCGGCCACCCGCCAACGACAGCACCGCCCCAAUCCCCAAACCCUUUCACAGCGACCCCUUCUCGCCCCCAUCGAAAGACUCCGACGUUCCCCCUCCCGAACCGCAAACAAUUUUGGACCCCCCCUUGACAUCGAAACUCGGGGCGCUCUUCCGGAAACCUAGCGUCUGCUCUUUCUUUCUAGUUGUUUCGCUCAUGGGAGUGGGCAUGGGCACGAUUGAGGGUUUCCUGCCACUGCGGCUGCACGAGUUAGGGGGAUCCCCCACAUUGAUUGGGCUGACGUUGACGAUGACGUGUGUCGCCGAGGUGCCCAUGAUGUGGUUCUCGGGGCGGUUGAUCAAGCGGCUUGGAGUGCUCGGGGUGCUGUACCUGGUGCUGGGGUGCUACGUGGCGAGGCUGGCGUACUAUUCGGUGCUGGUGGAGCCGUGGGCGGUGCUCCCCAUUGAGCUGCUCCACGGCGUCACGUUCGGCUGCGGCUGGACCGCGGGGACCGUGCACGCCGGCAGGAUCGCGCCCCCGGGGAUGGCGGCCACCAUGCAGGCUCUUUUCGCUGGCGCGUACUCCGGCAUCGGCGAUGGGCUCGGCAUGCUGCUGGGAGGGUUUGUGUACGAGCACUACGGGUCCGUGACUCUGUUUCGGGGGUGCGGAUUGCUGGUCGCGGGGGGCGCGCUGCUCUUUGGGCUGUCCCAGCGGUGGUUCCCCCUGGAAGACGGCGCCAGCGGAACGGAUCGGGAGGGGGAACAAGAGCAAGAACUCGUUCCGCUGGAAAAGCCCGAGAGCGAGGCCUGAUUCAGCUAUGGAGGAGCUUCUCGAACCAAGCCUUUUCGAAGGACUGUUCCUAUUGAUCCGGCAAAGGUAUCCGGUAGCGACUGGGUAUCUUUGACGUCGAAAGCGAAAGAUGCAUACGUCCGAUUGGGGCAAUCUGCGGCAAUAGACAGAACAGCGAGCACUGAUCCCGAGAGCUUUGAUAUGGAGCUUGAAAUAUCAUAAUGCACGCAAAGAUUGUGUACAGAUUUGAGAGACACUUCUGGAGCGGUACAUUCUUUUUAAACUUCAACGGAGCGAUGCACCGAUCAGUAGCCCUAGUGCCUUGUGCAUCUGAACGGGCAGAGACAGGCAUUUCCCUAGCUUGAGCUGUACGUUGAGAGCGUAGUAACACCUUGCUGCAUGACCAGCGCACGUAAGCGAACAUGACCAGCGCACGUCUGCUUCAAUUGCUGCAGUAACCGAGGAUUUGAGGAACAUGUGUUCAGCGCGCAUGUCUAUGUUGAUG